AUGUACCCUAGGCUGAUGCGGCAUCUUGCGGAGCAGGACACGCCCGACAUCCCGAGACAGUCUUAUGGUGUCUAUCUCACACGGGAGGCGCUGGCUGUUAAGGACGCGGCGACGUCCAACCCCGACCUGGGCAUGGUGGACAAGGUGGUGCGCACCGUGGCGGCAAAACUUGGAGAUUCGUCAGUCUGGAGCCAACGCUUCAAGUACCUGCAGCGUGUGAUCUACAACACUAACCUCGAAGUCCAGGGGAUCCACACGGUUCGUUGGCUGUCACGCGGAGAUGCGGUGCGUCGGCUGUGCAAGGUGCUCGGUGCGUGUAUCGUUCUUCUCUGGGAGAGGAGUCACAAGGUGUACGAGAUCGUCACGUGCUACAAGUUCCAGUUCUGCCUGUUCUUCCUCGCCGACAUCCUCGCCGACAUGAACGACCUCAACCGCUGGGCCCUAACCUGUCCUGUAUGUGUGUCGUUGCAGAUUGAUGUGACGGAGAUUUCCAAGACCAUCGAGGCCACCACGGCGGAUCUGACGGAGCGGUAUUUGGAUACCGACAAGCAAUUCGGGGGCGAGGGCAAGUGCUGGCUGGUCGGCUUUCUGAAGCUGCACGGGCAUGGUGUAGGCAAGAAGGUUCGUGUGAGAGGCGUGGACGGGGAGGGACGCACAGUCAACCAUAUGUACACCAUGCACGAGCGGAAGCUCCCGGGGCACAAGGUGGGGAGCGGGUACGAGGAGUGCGUGAAGCUGUGCCGCAGUUUCGCCCGCGAUUGCGUGGACAAUCUCAACGAGCGGCUUGAUGACCUGGGGAAGCUGGGGCCGACGAAGCUGUUUCGUGCUGGAAAGUGGCCGAAAAUCAAGGCUCAACGGGAGAAGAAGUGCCGUGAGUGGCUUCUGGGAUGCAGCAAACUCUUCCGCCACAAGCUGCCGGGAUUCGACCUCAAGGCCGCAGAGAGGGAGCUUCCCACAUUCUGCGCGAUCAUGGAGGCGCACCACGAGCUGAAAAGCUUCACGCAGGGACUGUCCAACAUUCUCGGGAGCGCAGACUCGAAGAGGUCUAUGAGGAGGAGGCGCCCCGCAAAGAGCGUGAAGCUUGCUGUGGCUGAGCGUGAAAGGAGGGGGAAAGCAAAGGAGGGUGAAGUCGAAGCAGGAGCUGCCCACCAAAACGACGGGGAGGAGGAGGAGGAGGAGUGUGAUGUGGAACAGGCCCUGGGCGACGAUCAGGAGCUUGUGGGGGAGGAGGAGGAGGAGGACAACCCCUUCCUUUCGGACGAUGAGGAUGUCGAGGAGUUCGGCUUCUUUCGUCUAACAGCCAUGGCCUCCGCACUCGCUGCUCGUCAGGUCCUCUCAGGCCUCUCCUUCAGCUCUGCCGUCAGAGGCACCGAGCUCGCCACCCGCAGCCUCCCCGCCGUUCCCCAACUAGCAGCCCCCCGCGGUCUAGGCGUCUCCGCGCUCUUCAGCGCGCGCAAAGCCGCCGUCCCCGCUAAGAGCGUGCCCGCGACGAAGCUGCGCACGGAGGACGGGAUCUUCGGCACGUCUGGCGGGUUCGGGUUCACCAAGGCGAACGAGCUGUUCGUGGGGCGCGUGGCCAUGCUGAGCUUCGCGGCGUCGCUGCUGGGCGAGGCGAUCACGGGCGCGGGCAUUCUGUCGCAGCUCAACAUCGAGACGGGCAUCCCCAUCACGGAGACCGAGCCGCUGCUGCUCUUCUUCAUCGCCUUCACCGUGCUCGGCGCCAUUGGCGGGCUGGGCGACCGCGGGCGAUUCGUGGACGACGAGCCGGUGGGGCCGCCCGUGAAGCCCGGCAGCAUCAAGGCGGCGAUGGGGCUGAGCGAGGACGGGCCCCUGUUCGGAUUCACAAAUGCGAACGAGCUGUUCGUGGGGCGGCUGGCGCAAUUAGGGUUUGCGGCGAGCCUGAUCGGCGAGGUGAUCACGGGCAGGGGCGCGCUGGCGCAGCUCAACAUCGAGAUCGGCGUGCCCGUGUGGGAGCUGGAGCCGCUGCUGCUCGCCAGCAUCGCCUUCUUCUUCGUCGCCGCCAUCAACCCCGGUACAGGGAAAUUCAUCAACGACGACGAGUGA